CUAAGAUGCGUACGCAAAUAGUUUCCGUAAAUAUUUGCGUACGCAAAUGUUGUUCUCAAAAACGCGUUUCACUAAACAGCGUAAAUUAACGCUGUGCGUAAAUUCUGGCGUACAUUUACGUCACAUAUGUACUUCGCGUAAAUCAGAAAAAUUGGCGUAAAUCCGGAAGUGUCAUGGCUGCCGUUGCUGAAGCGUUCGCAUUACGCGAGAUUCGUCCUCGAAUAUUCCGAGCACGAAUCGACACCUUAAGCUAUCUGAGCGAAAAGCAAAUCGUUGAGAGGUAUCGUCUGUCGACGGAGGGUAUUAUUUACCUCGAGGAGUUAAUUCGUGCCGAUUGCGAGCCUAUGAGUGACAGGAGUCACUCACUGAACGUCAGAACAAAGCUCCUAGUUACACUACGCUACCUUGCCAAAGGAGAUUUUUAUAGCGAGGUUGGAGAUCUGCAUGGAGUCAGCAGGAGCUCUGUGUGCCGGUGUAUUCAACAGGUUAUAAGUGCCAUUAACCGAAACCUGAACAACAUCACCUUCCCAAUAUCUUUGCAUGACCUUGCUGCAACAAAACAGAAGUUCCAUCGUGUAGCAGGAAUCCCGAAUGUUAUAGGCGCUGUGGAUGGAACACUGAUCCCAAUUCAAGCUCCAUCUGAAAAUCCUCAGACGUAUGUGUGCCGAAAAGGAUACCAUGCUGUAAACAUUCAAGCUGUUGUGGAUAGCAGCUUAAGCCAGUGCUUGUGGUAUUUCAUGGAAUUAUGGAAUACCUGAAGAACUGGGCUUGAAGGUAUCAAAACCAUCUUCAUGGCCAUGUACCGAUUCCAAAGGAAGGAGUUCCAGCAUCUACAAUUUAAAG